GAACGGGCGCCACUGAGUCUAUUUCAAUAGAGGCUGGUAACCUGCCUAGCCACUGAGCAGGUAUGGUAAUUCCAAGCCGGCCUCUUGCGUUACGCUACCAAACCAAAUUGGUGGUGUGGGCAUUUGUCAGGCGGUCAAACGGCCCGUCGAAGCAAACACGGAGCAGGUAAUUGUGGUAGGCGAACGGGGCAGGGUGGAUCAAACGACUUUUGCAUGAGGAGCUUCCGCGAACAGGUGACCCUGACGUACCAGAGAACACUGUAAUGCUUGUCCCCCUUAUUGGUUUUUGUCUUUCCGCAGCAGCCAUAACGAAUGAGAGACUAAUUACGCGUACUGUUUCCAUCUUCCAUUUUUCUUUGAUCCUCAGCCUGCAAGGGAUUUCAACCACGGGAAUCAUGCAUCCCCUCCCCAUAAUUCUCUGCCUCACUCAAUGGUAUUCCCAACUUCCCGUGGAUCCUCGCACAGACCUGACUUGUCGCUUGUCGGCGCGCCUGCGGCUACGCUAUGUUCCAAAUCACCACAGUCGCCUUGAUUGUACAUUUUCGCCUGUGAGCGCUUUACUUCUCGCGAACGUGGAUGUUGCCACUCUUCAUUUCGCCCACUUUUUCGUCGCACGACCCAUAGGGGGUUUGAUCAUAAUAUGAUGUGCUGGCCCGGAAAUUGAGAAACUUUCAUCCCACAUCUGGCACAAUAAGCGUGUGUGUAUCAUUUUAUCCUUCGUGCCUGUGUCAUGCGGUGGGCGUAUGACGGAGUGUGAAAUGGAUUACACUGGACAAUCAGAGCAAACCCCAAUUUAUGAUCUCCUGGCUGAUCGAUUACGACGAGGAGAUCCGCGCGGCAACCACAGCGCCAGUAUGACGCCACGAGGCCGGUGUUCUCACGUUCUCACGCCCGCUUGUCCAAUCCCGAUCACCGGAAAC